CCACUAAAACCCUCUCCUCUCUCAACUCUUCAAGCCCUGAAUCCAAAUUCUCUCUCUCUCUCUAAUUAAAUUUCGAUCUCAUCGAAGAAGCGAAGAAACCAUAUCUCUAUCAUCAUCUUUAACCAUGGCAGAAGAAACUCAGACGAAAGCAGAGGAAGUAGUAGUUGUAGCUGAGACUGAGAAAACGGCGAUUGAGACAGACACACCACCAGCACCGGCAGCGAAGGUCCCAGAAGUGGAGGAGCCUAUCAAGCCAGCCGUUGUUGAAGGAGAAGCUGCUGCUCCUGCUGCUACUUUGGAGGCUGAGAAGGCUGAGAAGGCGGAGGCCACAGUGGAAGAAACCGUCGAUCAAGCGGCUGCUUUUCAGGAGGAGAGCAACGUAGUGUCUGAUCUUCCUGACCCAGAGAAGAAAGCCCUUGAAGAGCUGAAGCAGCUCAUCCAGGAAGCUCUUAAUAAAAACGACUUUACUGCUCCUCCACCGCCUCCACCUGCGGCGAAGGAGGAAGAGAAGCCGGCAGAGGAGGAGAAGAAGGCCGAGACUGAAGAGACCCCUGCCCCUGCUGCUGCUGAGGUAAAGGCGGAAGCUACUGAAGAAGCUGUUGCCGAGGCGUCGACAACAGCAGAGGCGGCGCCGGUGGAGACUAGCGAUGUUGCAGAGCCGGCGCCUGUGGAGGAAGUGAAGGAAGAGAAGAAAGAAGAGGCGAAGGCACCAGAACCAGAAUCGGCACCGGAACCGGAAGCGGCAGCGGAAGCUGAGGCACCAGCGGCUGUGGUGGUUGCAGAGGUCGUUGAGACGGUAACCACCGUUGAUGAAGACGGUGCUAAGACCGUUGAGGCCAUUGAAGAAACCAUCGUAGCUGUCUCUGCUCCUGCAGCCCCGGCUGAGGAACCGGCGGCGGCAACGCCGGAGAAGGAAGCGGAGGGAGAGUCAACUUCUGCAGCGCCUGCUGAGACGAAAGAGGAAGAGAUAGCUGAUGCGGCUGCGCCACCUUCUCCGACCCCAGAGGAGGUGUCGAUAUGGGGAGUCCCUCUGCUUGCAGACGAGCGGAGCGAUGCGAUCCUUCUGAAGUUCCUCCGUGCUAGGGAUUUCAAGGUGAAGGACGCUUUUGCAAUGAUCAAGGCUACUGUUGGGUGGAGAAAGGAGUUUGGAAUUGAGACCCUUCUCGAGGAAGACUUGGGUAAUGAUCUGGAAAAGGCGGUGUUCAUGUAUGGGUUUGACAAGGAAGGUCAUCCUGUGUGUUACAACGUUUAUGGUGAGUUCCAGAGCAAGGAAUUGUAUCAGAAGGCCUUUUCUGAUGAGGAGAAGCGACAGAAAUUCCUGAGGUGGAGGAUUCAGUUUCUUGAGAAGAGCAUUCAGAAGCUUGAUUUUAGCCCAGAUGGAAUUUGCACGAUCGUUCAGGUUAAUGAUCUUAAGAAUUCUCCUGGACUCGCAAAGCGGGAGCUUCGCCUGGCUACAAGGCAGGCCCUUUUGUUGCUUCAGGACAACUACCCUGAGUUCGUCGCCAAACAGGUCUUCAUCAAUGUUCCAUGGUGGUAUCUUGCCUUCAAUCGGAUGAUCAGUCCCUUCCUAACCCAGAGAACCAAGAGCAAGUUUGUCUUUGCUGGGCCAUCCAAAACUGCUGAAACCCUUUUCAAAUACAUUGCUCCUGAACAAGUACCAGUUCAAUACGGAGGCCUGAGCAGGGAAGGAGAGCAAGAAUUCUCGACAUCUGAUGCAGUCAUUGAUGUCACUGUGAAGCCGACAUCAAAGCACACGGUUGAAAUCCCCGUUACUGAGACAAGCCUUCUUGUUUGGGAGCUUCGAGUACUUGGUUGGGAUGUUAGUUAUGGUGCUGAAUUUGUCCCAAGUGCAGAAGAUGGUUACACUGUGAUUGUACAGAAGACAAGGAAUAUAACUCCCACUGAUGAACCAGUACUCUCCAACUCUUUCAAGAUUGGAGAGCCUGGAAAGGUGGUGCUCACCAUUGACAACACCAGCUCCAAGAAGAAGAAGCUUCUUUACAGGUUUAAGACCAAACCCUUUUCAGAUUGAGUUCACUGUAAUUCUAAAUGCUCUAUGAGGAGAUGAAUUCAAUCAGAUGAACCCCAAAUUCUCAAAAGAAGAACUGUAAGAAGCUGAUCUGCAAUUACUGCAUCCCACCUCAUCAUCAGGAAUUCAGCAACAUCACAUGGAUGGAAUUGAAAGUUCUUUUUGUCUAGAAAUCAAAGUUUUCUUUCUAUUAAAUUUAAUUUUUACAUAUUUUUUUUCUUUACUUUUGGGAAUUUUUUGGGUAUUCUCUUUUUUUCUUUUCUGAAAGAUGAAUUUGGUGUUGGUUUGUGAGAUUUUACUGGUGAAGAUAAUGUGGAAGGAAGAGGAAUGAAUGGAAUUUGUAGUAAAAAAGAAAGCUAUAGAAGUGUGGAAAGAAAACUCUGUUACUACUUCUGAUGCCUGUAAAAUUUCUAUGUACAUUUGUUGGUAUUUUUCCUCACAGCUAAAAAUGGUUGUCUAUUAAGUAUGUUCUUUUGACUUCAUUUGGCCUUCUUGUGGUAAUAAAUAAUGCUGCCAUAGUAAAGGAUUUGUUUGUU